AUGGGUAUUUUGGAUCAUGCAUGUAAACUCAUUUCUCAUGUGUCACCUAGUGCUCCUAGAGAGAAGUCCAUUAAGACCAUUCAGGAUGAGAUCCGCUCAGUUAUCAGACAGAUAACAGCCACAGUUACUUUCCUGCCGCUGCUGGAGACACCAUGUGCAUUUGACCUCCUUGUGUACACAGACAAAGACCUGGUGGUUCCUGAGAAGUGGGAAGAGUCUGGGCCGCAGAUCAUCGACCAAUCAGAGGAGGUGCGCUUACGCUCCUUCACCACCUCCAUCCACAAGGUUAACAGCAUGGUGGCAUACAAGAGGACCGACUCAGCUUAAACUUCUAAACCAUGGCAGCCCCCCUCCCUCCACCCUCCAACCAUUAUCUCCUAUAGAAAACAUUAGAUUUUACAGUGCCCUGUCCUACCUCACUGUCUGUGUCUCUGUCCAUUGUUCUGUACAUGAUGAACCCAGUGUUCUCCUGCUGUCUGAUCUUCACUUUGUCUCACUUGUCCUUUGAGGAUAUAACAGCAACCUGCUCUGUCUCUACUGAUGUAAAUAUUUCUCAUAAGCAAUGAUCUGUCUCAGGAGCAACUGUCUCUUUAUUAUUGUUUCCCCUUCCUCUCAAGUUGUCAACCUCUGUUUUAGAAGCUAGUAGUUUAUAUGUUAAACUUUUAUAAAUUGUCAAAAAUAAAUGUUUGUCACAAUGGU